GGCCGGAGUUGGCUCGGCCGCAAACUCGGGGAGCUUAAACCCGCCGCGUGCCUGGCGAGGGCGACCCGUCCGUGGGAAGGCAUCGGUCGCGGCGAGGCGCGUCCUCCUCGGCUCCCUUUCCCUGGGGGGGGGGUCAUCCUCGACCCGCCACCGAAGCGGGGUUGGGGGACGGAACGGGGACUCCUCGUGAGCCAGCUUUAGAAAGUCCGGCCGCCUCGGGCUGCGGGAGGCGGCGAUCCGGAUGGCAUCGGCGAGGCGUCGGGGAGGAGACGACGGGAGCCCAGGGACUGGAGGAGGAGGAGAAGAAGCCUGUCAAGGCUUGAGGACAACUCCUUCAUCAUCAUCACCACCACCACCAUCGUCAUCCUCUUAGAAUUGCGGGGCUGGAAGGAGCCCUAUGGAUCCUCCUGUCGAGGAGGCACCGCGAGGAAACGUCCCGUCGGGAAGGGCCCUUGAGAUCCCACUUGGAUUCUUGCCCCUUCCAAGGAGCCGGCAGGCGAAGGAGCGAAUGGAAAGUCCCCGCGAAAGAGAGACGGGGAGCGGUUCCCUCUAAACUAAGGAAUGAUCGGAUUUUCUUCCUUUUCUUUUUUUACAUUUCGGUUUCUCUCCCCAGUCCGGUGGCAUCUGCACGGACGGGCGAUGGAUGCUCCCUCCUCCUGCCAAUUAGGUAGGUCCCUUUCGACUAAAUCAACAUCUGAAGUGAACAGAAUCCAGAAGCAGCUACUAUGCGGGGAAAAAAAUAAUCUGUUUUGUGUUUUUAAUUUGGUUGUGUGAUGAGGAGAUAGAGCUAAUUGAAACUCUGAAACGGGGAUUAGUUUCUCAGACUGAUGGGGAUAUGAAGAUAAUGAAAGAAGACAUUAAAGCUACUAGCCUCCUACAUGAUCAUCAUACCAAACAAAGCUUCCCCAACUGAAGUUCAGCCAGUUUUUCAGAUUACCGUAAUUCUGCCAAAAUUGACUAAUGGAAAUAUUUUGUAGAAAUGUCUCUCCCCAAAAUAAAGGACAGACCUUUUUCUCAGUACAGCACGAAAAACCAGGACAGAAAGCAACAUGACUUUGAGCUUUCUUCUCUUCUACACAAAACAUUCAUUUGCUCAUUUUUAUGCAUAUACCUUGUUACCAGGUUUUCUGUCUCUGUAGCUGGAAUAAUUCAGUGUUAAAGAAUGAUUCUAUGAUUAAUGAAGUAACAUGGUGGAUAUAAUGUUCUUCACUGCACUUUGUGGCAUGAACAGGCAUCCCUUUGAUAUCGAACUUAUUCAUACACGGGAUGUAGGUGGAAGCUGACGAGAUAUGAUCGUAUCUUUAGAUCUCUCUGCUCUCAUUGUGGCUGUAUGGUGUCCAUGGAGGGCAAUUCAAAAACAUAUUGGUGCUGUAGCUACAAGACCAUGCCAGCUGAGAAACAUGUAUUUAUAGCAUAAAGGCUCCCCACUCCCUAUUUACCUAAAAAGCUUUCAAGUGUAUUUUCCUCUGAGUUCCUUGAUCCAGGUUUGAAAUUGGAACACUGUUUUUUUCAGAGGUGUGUGCCCAAAGGAAGGAAACUGCCUAAUGGAUCAUGGCUCAAAUGUUUACAGGACAUUCCAUAUUUUUAGCAUUGGUGAUAUUGGCAGUCUCUACUUUUGAAGAGUCUGUAAGCAAUUACUCUGACUGGGUGACAUUUACAGAGGAUGUGGAUCAGUAUGAGAAACAAAGACUGGAAGAUUUCAAGGCUAAUCAGAAGCUGAAAAAAGCCAUUCUCCACCCGAACUUGUAUUUUAGUGCCGAAGAGAUCCCGGUGUUGAGGCAGAGGGCUCGCACCAGCCACCUCCACCUCUUUAGAGCAAUCCGAAGUGCUGUGUCGGCGAUGCUGUCCAAUCCGUCCUACUACCUACCUCCACACAAGCAUUCGGAUUUUGCUGCAAAGUGGAACGAGAUCUACGGAAACAAUUUGCCUCCCUUAGCUUUCUACUGUCUCUUGUGCCCAGAAGAUAAAGCUGCUUUUGAUUUUGCAGUUGAAUACAUGGACCGAAUGGCUGGAUACAAAGACUGGCUGGUUGAGAAUGCCCCAGGUGAUGAAGUUCCUCUUGGGCAUUCCUUAACUGGCUUUGCCACAGCUUUUGAUUUUUUAUUUGCAUCCUUGGAUAAGGUCAGAAGACAAAAGUACUAUGCUAAGAUCUGGGCAGUGAGCGAGGAAAUGCAUGGGUAUUCCAAAGUCCGUUCUUGGGGCAAGCAACUUCUGCAUAAUCACCAAGCUACUAACAUGCUAGCUUUGCUGAUUGGGGCUCUGGUAGCAGGCGAGGGUGCUGAGUCCCAAGCAAAUGCCUGGAAGCAUACAGUGGUGGAUAUGAUGGAAAAAACCAUGUUUCUUCUGAACCACAUUGUUGAUGGCUCUUUAGAUGAAGGGGUGGCUUAUGGGAGUUACACAGCCAAAUCAAUAACGCAGUAUAUAUUCCUGGCACAGCGCCACUUUGGGAUUAACAAUCUUGAAAACCACUGGCUCAAAAUGCACUUUUGGUUUUAUUAUGCAACCCUGUUGCCAGGCUUUCAGAGGACGGUAGGCAUAGCUGAUUCCAAUUAUAAUUGGUUUUAUGGCCCUGAAAGCCAGCUAGUUUUUCUGGAUAAGUUUGUCUUGAAGAGUGGAAUAGGCAAUUGGCUUGCCCAGCAAAUUAGAAAGCACCGGCCAAAAGAUGGCCCAAUGGUGCCAUCCACUGCCCAGAGAUGGAGCACUCUUCACACAGAGUUCAUAUGGUAUGACCCAGGACUAGCACCCUGCCCACCUCCGGACUAUGGCAGUGUGAAAAUGCAUGUGUUCCCUAACUGGGGGGUUGUCACAUAUGGAGCAGGGUUACCCAAUACCCAGACAAACACUUUUGUUAGUUUUAAAUCUGGUAAGCUAGGUGGCCGGGCUGUCUAUGACAUAGUCCACUUUCAGCCCUAUUCCUGGAUUGAUGGGUGGCGUAGCUUCAAUCCAGGGCAUGAACAUCCUGAUCAAAACUCUUUUACCUUUGCUCCCAAUGGGCAAGUUUUCGUUUCUGAGGCCCUUUACGGACCCAAGCUUAGCCACUUGAAUAAUGUCCUGGUGUUUGCACCAUCUCCCACAAGUCAGUGCAAUCAACCUUGGGAGGGUCAGCUUGGGGAAUGCACACAGUGGCUUAAGUGGACUGGUGAGGAAGCUGGAGAUGCAGCUGGUGAGAUUAUAACAUCCUCUCAGCAGGAGGACAUGAUGUUUGUGAGUGGUGAAGCAGCAUAUGCAUACUCAUCAGCAAUGAAGCUGAAAAGUGUGUAUCGUUCAUUGCUUCUGCUGAACUCUCAAACCUUGCUAGUGGUUGACCAUGUGGAAAAGGAGAAGGACUCUCCCAUCAACUCGAUCAGUGCCUUUUUUCAUAACCUUGACAUUGAUUUUAAAUAUGUUCCAUAUCGGUUUAUGAACAAAUAUAAUGGAGCCAUGAUGGAUGUAUGGGAUGCUCACUAUAAAAUGUUUUGGUUUGACCAUUAUGGGAAUAGCCCAGUUGCCAGGAUACAGGAGGCAGAGCAAGCGGCGGAGUUCAAAAAGAGAUGGACACAAUUUGUGAAUGUCACUUUCACUGCAAAGAGUACUAUUGCGAGAAUUGCCUACCUGUUCUAUGGGCCUUAUGUCAAUAUUUGUAGUUGUAGGUUUAUUGAUGAUGCCCCGUCAGGGUAUCAGAUUUCUCUAAAUGUCAACAAUACAGAAACUGUUUUCUCUGUGUCAACAGACUAUUUAAAUUUGAGGACAAGGUACAACUAUCUAGGUUUUGGUGGCUAUGCCAAGGUAGCCACCAAAGGAAGAGUCACGAGAUUUGGCCUGGGUACUGAACCAAUAGAAAAGCCAGCACUGACCCAUCAGGGUAUUUUCCCCUUUGGAUUUAAAGUGAAUAUAAUAGCAGCCCUUAUUUUGGGGAUUGGCUUGGCCAUAUUGGCCUUCCAGUGGCGAUUUUAUCUUUCCUUUGGCAAGCUUUUGCGUUGGAUCCUCAUCCUGGUGAUUGUAUUGUGGUUUGUUGAACUCAUAGAUGUGUGGAGCUCUUGUACUCAACCAAUCUGUGCAAAAUGGAGUAGUGAUAUGACCAGCACAGAUCGCAACCCAACAAAGGACCAGGGACACCCUGUGAGUCUGCCAGAUGUUGUCAUUACCUCUCUUCCCGGUUCAGGUGCAGAAAUUCUGAAGCAGCUGUUCUUCAACAGCAGUGACUUCAUCUAUAUCAGAAUCCCUACAGGCUACCUUGAUAUCCCUGAAAUGGAGUUUGAAAUUGACUCCUUUGUCGACGCCUGCGAAUGGACAGCAUCAGAUGUUCGGAGUGGCCAUUUCCGCCUCCUCCAGGGCUGGCUGCAUUCUCUAAUCAAAGACACUAAACUCCAUUUGCAAAAUAUCCUUUUACACGACACCAGCAGAAGUAAAUUAGUUCAGCAUUCUGUCACCAGCAAAGACAAAAAGAAGCGGCCCAGGAAGAGAGAAUCCAUAGCAGAACAAAGAAACCGCUUGAGAGGGAGUGUAGACAAGGAUGCGGAAUACAUUAGGGAGCUGAGAAAACACCUCACCUUUUAUCCCAACGCACGCCCAGUGCUUAGUCUGAGUAGUGGGAGCUGGACAUUAAAGCUGCCUUUCUUUCAAGAAAUCAUAGGCCCUUCCCUGAGAGCGCUCUAUGUAGUACGGGACCCUCGGGCAUGGAUCUACUCCCUUUUGUACAAAAGCCAGCCUAGCCUGUACUCUUUGAGGAAAGUUCCACAGCGCUUAGCGAGACUCUUUAAAGCAGAAGGUGGCAGGAAAGAGAAGUGUGCUUCAAGCUCAGGCUAUGCUUUCGAAUAUGAAUCACUGAAGGAGGAACUCACUCAUUCAAAUUCAAACGCCAUCUCUGUGAUGUCCCAUUUGUGGCUGGCAAACACGGCUGCCGCCCUGAGACUCAACGGGGAUUUGCAGCCAGCAAAUUAUCGGCUGCUCAAGUUUGAAGACCUGGUCAACUUUCCCCAGAAGGUGGCUGAAGAUACCUUUGCCUUUCUCGGCAUCCCCCUCUCUCCUGCUAGCUUAAACCAAAUAUUAUUUGCCACAUCCACUAAUCUUUUCUAUCUCCCUUAUGAAGGAGAGAUCUCCCCUAUGAGCAUACAUGCUUGGCAACACAGUAUGCCUCAGGAGGAAAUUGAGCAGAUCGAGGACAUCUGUUUGAUUCUAAUGGACCGCUUAGGAUAUCCAAAGUUUACUGAUUUAAAUGCUGCGGGUCAGCAGUAGUUUGCACUAAGGAUCCCCAGGCAUUUCUAGAUAAGAAUCAAAGAAUCUGAUUUAUUCUUGUAGAAUGUCUGUACAGUCUGUUUCACUUGCAGAGAGAUUAUUUUAAAUGAAAUGAGAUAUUUGGUCUAGUAAGGAUUUUUCUUCCCCUUCUCCCAACAAAAGCCUUUUAAUUACUUUUUGCUGCUUUUGCAAAUAAAGCUGUGUGAAUCUUUACCUUCUUUUCCAGAUGGGCACUAGGAGAACUCGAGGGAUUGGUAAUAGGAUAAAGGAUCUUUCAUUUGUAGGCUAUCAGUGUGAACUGAAGCCAGGAUUGGAAUUGCCAAGUGUGGCUGCCGUCUGCUGGUUGUUUGGUGGCUAAUGUGAACUCAGUUAGGAGGAGGCAGGGCUGAGCCUAGUUUUCUGUGAACAACUGUCUGUAUCAUGAAACAGACUUCACAUAUGGCAGCAAUUAUCUCCCUUGGGCUGGUUAUGUUGGCAUGUUUCAACCGCUUUCAAAUACUCCAGUGGCGCUGAGAAGCUGUAAGUGUAACUAAACCAGCCUUUAACAUGGUGUCUAGAUGUAUGAUUGAUGAACAUCUCUGGGGUGGCAAGAGACAGAUCCCUACAUGCACACAUAUUUGUGCAUUCAUACAUACACACAUUGGCAAGAUUUUGGCAUUUUCUUGGCAGGCAAAGCAAAGAAACCAAGAAACUCAUUUCUUAUUGGGUCUUUUUCUUCAUUAAGAGUGAGGAAUUCAGGACAGUAAGGUUCACUUCAGAAUAUGAUUAUUAUAAAAACUAUGUGAAUAAAGAAUUAAUGAAUAGAAGUUACAAAUGAAAAAUCAUAGAUCUAAGAUGGUUGUUGCUUGUUUAUAAACAUCAUAGUCUUUUUUGUCCGUGUUUUUUGGUUACAAAGACUGGUGUUGUGUUUGGAGGCUACCCAAAUGUACCUAAAUAGAAGCUUCUGGCUCUACUUAAUAGAUAUCAAAAAUAUCCUGAAAAAGAAGAUGCAGUGUGGAAGGGAGCAUCAUGCUGCUGCUACUGAAUUACUUUGAGACCCACAGACAAAUUGAUUCCUGUUUCAUUAGUUGAAUAGAUGGCUACUAGUUUAGAAGAAGGUCCACGUAAGCAUACGGAGGAGCUUGAGUCAUCUCUGUUUUCUCUGUAAUAUCCCUGUUAAUUUUUCUCUACCACUUUGCUUAUACAUAGAACAUAAUAUGUGACAAUUCUAAUGAAGUUCCUCAGGAGUAAGGAUUUUGAUGUUUGGGUUUUUAGAUUGCAGCAUUCCAAAUUUGAAUUAAUUGUAGCUGCCAAGUGGGAACAAUGGUGUGAUGAUAGUUUAUUCAAUACUUUAACUUAACUUCAAUUUUAGAGUAGUCAAUGUGAAGUGCUGUGAAAUGCCUCUUUCUUUGGCAUAUAUUCAUUCUUAAAGGGAUUUAUUGAUGGCUAUAUCAAUAAAAUGAUAGCUUCAACCAAGAGGGAGAACAUGGUCCUCUAAUGCCACUGGACGCUCAACUCCGAUCAGCUCUAUCCAGCAUAACAAUGGCACACAAAAAGUGUAGGUGUCUUGCGGUUGGGGGAGGGGAGGGCUCACUGCAGAUUUUGGAGGUGAGGCACUCUUCCAGAUCAGUUCUUGAUGAAGGAAAGUGCGGUCCAACAGCAUCAGGAAAGUGGCACAUUUCCUAUCCCUGGUUGACAGCCCACAGAUUCCAGGUCUGCUCUCUUAAUUUUAAUAGAAGGAUUAGUUUUUGCAUUUUAUCAUAUAGUGUAAUCCACAUGUGGUUUUCUGGUCACCAAAAGUUUGCUUUUGUAUGGAAAGUUAAAGUAUUAAUCUUGUGGGGUAGAAUUAUAUUUCCAUUAGAAAUUAACAUUUUACUGCACAUCAUGUUGUCAUAAAACACUUUUAACACCCUAGCCCUUGGGAGACAUGGAAUGCCUACAUGCAUUGUUGGUGAGUGAGGCCACACUUCUUUGCUCACUCCUGAAUUAAGUCUCUCUCUCUCUCUCUCUCUCUCUCUCUCUCUCUCUCUCUCUCUCUCUCUUAGCACAUUAAAAAGGGAAAGCUGCUUGAAUGCUGUUAGCAGCCAAGAUAGUGUAGAAGCUGACACAUUCAACAGUUUAGUGAUAGACCUCCUCUUGGCAGGCAUUUUCCUCAAGAAAAGGAGACUACAUUUUUGUGUGUGUGUAUAUAUGUGUACAAAAGAGAAAUAUAACUGACAAGUAGAAGACAAGACUGGCAAAAGGCCUAGGAUAUGGGUUAAUUUUUUUAAAAAAAUACGUUUCUCUUUUUGAUGAGGUGAUGUUCACCACAGCUUGUCUCAUUCCUGCAAGACACAUUUUUCGCAGCUGCUAUGUUUCCAUACUCAGUAUGAAAACAUAACCCAUUGUUUUCUCCUAAUGAUCCACCAUCAGACAAAAGCAUGCUAGUUCAUAGCUUGCAAAACUAUAAAGGAUGUUAGAGGAUAACAUGCUGUUUAUUGCUUAAGUCAGCUCUGCUUCUAAUUCCAAAGCUUUCUGCCUCAUUGGUUUUGAUCCUAAAAUCUCUAGGGAACUGAACUUGUGGGGCAAACAAGCUUACAUAACCAAACAAAUGUCUGAGCAAACAAGCUUACAUAACCAGGCAUGCUUUCAAUUGUAAUCAUAAUUAAAAUAAAACCCUUAAAAUGAAUCAAAGUGCAGUGUCAGGCUAGAAAAAAACCUUAUCAGUGCACUUCAUUGGGGAUGCAUUCCCCGCCCCCCGUAAAUAACAUCUAGACUCCCUGGAAAAGACCCUGAUGUUGUGAAAGUGUGAAGGCAAGAGGAGAAGGGGACGACA